UUAUUGCAAAAUCACAACAAACAGCCCCCUUCAAAACCCGGCAAAUAAUCAAAAGGCGCACGAAACACCACAUUUCGCACCCCUUUUUCGCGUGGAAAACGUUUGAACGCUUUUGUAAUGUCCGACGCUGAAGACUCGCUGGAAGAGAAACUACGCAAAUUUCGUCUCUGGAAGGAAGCUUCAGCGGAGGGUGGCAGCAUUUCGUUCAACUCAAAUGAAUCAGCGGCAUCUGGCCCAACAAUGGAUGGCUUCAGCAGUAGCAGCGGCAGCUCACAACGGAAAGCUCCCUCACACCUGCGUGGCCGCGCCAAGGGAUUGUUUUACCGCGAUCAGGGACGCCGUAACAGACAGCAGCAGGGGUCACAGGACGGGGAACCAUCGUCCAGCUACGGGGGUGACGAACGGCACAAAGAUUUGCAACGCCGCAAGGCACAGGAACGGUCCAGCUACGAGGCCAACGAAUCGGGCAGUUCCGGCCGGUUCCGGCGCUACCAGGACCAGCGGGACGUGCGGUUGGAGGAUCAGGCGGAAGAGCGCCGGCCGCCGAAUUUGCGUGGCAAAGCCCUGGGGCUGUACUAUCGCGACCGCCAGACGGCCCAGAAGCGGCAGCGCGAAAAGCGUGACGCCGUUGACAUUACGCUGCCCCGCUGGCAGAUACAGGAGAUACGCAACAACCUACAGAUGCACCGCGGUAUCGAGCAGAGCGACAUUUACCGGGAGUUUGCCGAGAAUGAAAACAUGCGGUCGGUGUUUAGGAACGAGUAUUUGCGCGUGAUCAGCAAAACGUUGCAGGAAUCGAUGGUGGAAGCGGUGGCAAGGAGGGAGAAUUCAUCCGGUUCGGCGUACGAACCGGGGUUGUUGGAUGAAGAGCUGCUAGAACAGCACGACCGAACCGUUCGCUCGAUGCACCCGUUGAGUGAGUUCCGGCGGCGGCUUCCGGCGUACCAAUCGCGCACCACGAUCCUCGAUAUGAUCGAGCGCAAUCAGGUGAUACUGAUAAAGGGCGAAACGGGCAGCGGUAAAACGACCCAGGUGCCUCAGUACAUCCUCGAGGAAGCUUCGGCCUGUGGCCGGGGUGCACGGUGCCGGAUUCUGUGCACACAACCACGCCGCAUAUCGGCCAUUACGCUUGCGCGGCGCGUGGCGGAAGAGCGAAACGAGCGGUUGGGCAACUCGGUCGGCUACCAGAUCCGGCUGGAAGCGGAAAGGCCACGGCAGGCCGGGGGGAGUAUCAUGUUCUGUACGACCGGCAUCGUGCUGACGAUCAUGCAGUCCGAUCCCCUGCUGAGCGAGUACACGCAUCUCGUGCUGGACGAGAUACACGAGCGGGACGUCAUCACGGAUCUGCUGCUGGCCAUCAUUCGGAUGGUGUUGCCGUACCGGAAAGAUCUGCGCGUGAUACUGAUGAGCGCAACGCUGACGGCGGAAACGUUCUCGCAGUACUUCAACAACUGUCCGACGGUGGAGAUCCGUGGCAUCACGUACCCGGUGACGGAGUACUAUCUGGAGGACAUUCUGGACGAGCUGAAGUUUUACACCUUUGAGGACAAGUACGGGCAAAAGUCACACUUUAGGGGAAGGGGGCGGCAGGACGAUCCAUUCCAAGCGAUGAUUGAACCGUACUGCAGUGAGAUUCGUGGCCGCUAUCCGGCACCUGUCCUGCGGGCGCUGCAAAAUCCCGGCAGCGAGUCCAACCAGAACGAAUUGAUCGUGGAGCUGCUUUACUACAUCACGUGCUCGAAGCCGGACGGUGCGAUUUUAGUGUUUCUCCCGAGCUACAUGCAAAUUACCAACGUGUACAAGAUGAUCAACGAACAUCCGCAUCUCUCCAAAGCGCGUCUACUCGUUUCGCCGCUCCACUCGAAACUUCCCACCAGGGAGCAGACGGCUGUGUUCGAUCGUCCACCGGACGGUGUGCGCAAGAUCAUCCUCUCCACGAACAUUGCCGAAACGUCCAUCACGAUCGACGACAUCGUGUACGUGGUGAAUGCGGGCCGGCACAAGCUAAACCGGUACGAAAAUGGCGUUUCCGUGCUGCGCGACGAAUGGAUCUCGGUGUCGAACGAAAUCCAACGCAAAGGACGGGCGGGCCGUGUACGGGAAGGCAUUUGCUACCAUCUGUACAGCCGAGGGCGCAAGCGUACCUUCCAGGAGAACGUUGAGCCGGAAAUCGUGCGUGUUGCGCUGGAGGAAGUGAUACUGCAAAUUAAAAUCCUGCAGCUCGGUGAAGCACGUGCCUUUAUGGCGCAUCUGCUGGACAAACCGAGUGACGGCAUUAUCGAAUCGUCGCUGGAGCUGCUCAACCGACUGAAUGCGAUCGACGACGAGCAGAAGCUUACCCCGCUCGGGUUCCAUCUGGCCCGGCUGCCGAUGGAUCCGCGCACCGGCAAGAUGAUACUGCUCGCGUCCAUCUUUAGCUGCAUCGAUCCGAUCACCUCGAUUGCGGCCAGCCUCACGUUCAAGACGGCCUUCUACCGGCCGCUCGGGAAGGAGAAGGAAGUCGAUCGGAUAAAGCGCAAGUUUGCGCAGGACUCGGCGAGCGAUCACAUUAUGCUCGCGAACGUGAUCGCCGAGUGGCGCGAGCAGCCGAACAAGGGGAGCUUCUGCGGGCGACACUUCCUGAACGGUGCCACGCUGCAGCAGCUGGCCAACAUGAAGGAACAGUUUGCCGAGUAUCUGCAUACGGCCAAGUUUACGGCGGUGGCACGCUCGGACGCGGGACCGAACAAUCGCCAUGCGGGCAAUUUGGAGCUGCUGCGCGCGAUCGUUGGGGCGGGCCUGUACCCGAACGUGGCGUUUGUGCGGAAGGUGAUCCGCUCGCGGAACAGUCCCGAUGGGCGCCCGAUCCUGAACAUUGAAGGGUUGGGACGGGCGGAGAUACAUCCUGGGUCGGUCAAUGGAAAUCGGGGCGUGUUUCAUUCGAAUUUCGUCGUUUAUUACGACAUGCAAAAGAUUAACGCACUGACGAUCUUCGACACGACGGUUGUGAAUCCUUUUCCACUCCUGUUCUUUGGCGACUGUCACGUGGAAACGGAAAACGAUCACGAACUAAUCUCCAUCGCCGGCCAUUACUGCCUAAAGUGUGACAAGGAUACGUACAACCUAAUACAGGACCUCCGUACCGGUUUCAAUCUGUUCCUGCAGAAGCAAAUCUGCUCCCCGUCGCCGGUUGAUUGGAGCUCGCGCGAAGGCGAACUGUUGCGAGCCAUCAUUCGACUGAUUACUAUCGACUGCAAGUUUGAGGACGAUUUCGACGAUGGCGACUCAGACUGAUACAACUCCAAGGUUGCUCGCAGCAAGGUGCCACGUUUCAACUCCACCGUUUAAAACGCUUUCCGUUCCUCUCGUUCGACAAAAUUCCCUAACAGAACUUAACGCGGAAAUCUAGCAAGGAUUAGAACGAUUAAAGUGCGUCUCCGCACUCGGCAUAUUUUUCUAAAGUGGAAUAUAGUUGACUAUUUUCAGUCUCUAAAUAGAGCAAGGGGAAAGCGAACGAAACGAUGGAAUGGGAAGGCAAUUACUAUGCGGAUGCGGAUUAGGUUGCGGUCGUUCUUGCCAUCCUACCAUCCAGCGUGAGAGCAUUGGCAUUGCGGCCUAGGCAGCCCGCUUCAGUCUAGACCCAUUUGUUUUGCUUUGUGUGUACGGUCGGUGUCGGAUACUGGCUUGAAACCGGUGGCAAUAAUCCUUUUUUUUGUGUCUGUUUUGUUUGCUCAAUUCCCACUUUCGCUAAUGAGUUUUCACGCUUUUGAACGUUAAAUUGAGAGCGUAAAAUGAAUGAAAAUGCAAAGUAAAACUACAAACAACGGUCAUAUUAAAUAUCCUAAUAGAAUAAACAGUAUAAUAAAUUAUUCAACAAAUAAAUCUAA